AAAAAGAAGCGUAACUACUAGAGCAGAAUUGGUUUUAAAUCUUCUGAUUAAGCAUUGAGUGUUUCAGUUUAUUUGCUGUCGUUACUUUUGUUUUGUUAUCAGAAUUAAACAGCUAAAUUCAGAUAACAGAUGUACUACUUUUAUUAAAGAGAUUUGGCUCUUUUUCAUAGCUUCCUGCUUCCUGCACGUUCGCGUACGUAAGCACAGUGUGUAAGUUCUAUAGCGAUCCCAGAGUGCUUUGAAGUAACUUAUACGCACCCAUCAGAAAUACGUAAUCGUACGGAUACUACGUGCAAAAAUUUAGUUUUCCUAUUCUUCAGCACAAUAGCCUUAAAAGUUUGAAUAUAACCCAGAUGACAACCUGGCCUGGCAGUGGACAAAUCUCCAGAGUGACUCGCAUAUGCUCUAUUUAAAAAGAAAAACCACGGAAAUCUCCAACCUUCUGACAAAGGAAUUGUUAAAUCAUGGUUUAUGACUUAUGCAUCGUGGGCGCUGGUAUGUUUGGCAGUGCAGCGGCUAGGCAUGCCUCGGUAAAUCCAGCUUUGAAAGUCUGCUUGUUAGGACCAGGAGAGCCGAAAAAAGAACACUAUAAGGACAGAGAAAUCUUUAGUUCUCAUUAUGAUGAAGGCAGAAUUACGCGUAUAGUGGAUGACGAUGCAGCUUGUCCUGAGCUAUGUAAGCGUUCCAUCGAAAGAUAUAAAGAGCUUGAGAAACUAUCAGGAGUGAACUUCUAUAAUUCUAUAGGUUGUUUAAUAAUUUCUGAAAAACAUGACUCCUAUUUGAAACAAGUUCAACAAGCAAGCAAUAAACAUGUUUCGACAGUCGAUUUGUCUUGUAGAGAAGCAUUCCAUAAAAGGCAAGUAGUGAUUUUUUUUUUGUAGAGAAAAGAUGAUUAA